CCUUUUGAGUAUUUUGUUCUAAGGACUUCAAAGAUUGAAUCAUUUUGCAAUUGAAAGAGUACCCUUUUGAGUAUUUUGUUUUAAGGAAUUCAAAGAUUGAAUCUUUUUGCAAUUGAAAGAGUACCCUUUUGAGUGUUUUGUAGUAUUAAGGACUUCAAAGAUUGAAGCUUUUUGCAAUUGAAAGAGUACCCUUUUGAGUAUUUUGUAUUAAGGACUUCAAAGAUUGAAUCUUUUUGCAAUUUAAAGAGUACCCUUUUGAGUAUUUUGUUCUAAGGACUUCAAAGAUUGAAUCAUUUUGCAAUUGAAAGAGUACCCUUUUGAGUAUUUUGUUUUAAGGAAUUCAAAGAUUGAAUCUUUUUGCAAUUGAAAGAGUACCCUUUUGAGUAUUUUGUAUUAAGGACUUCAAAGAUUGAAUCUUUUUGCAAUUUAAAGAGUACCCUUUUGAGAAUUUUUCAUGAAGCUUGGUUUAAUUUUGUAAAAAAGUUGGUUUUUUUGGUUGGUAAUUUUUGUGGGGUCACUUUGCUUCUUCAACUACUGAGAGAAAGUCAAGGUUAAUGAAGUGGUUAAGUAAACUUUUCAAGGGUGGGUCAAGUAAUAGUAGGGCACAGCAACAGCCACAGUUUCUUGGAGAUGAAAAUAUGAGUUGGAGAGCUCCAGCUAGAUCAAUGGAUGAUAAUUCUAGGACCAGGAAGGAGAAAGAGGAACUAGACCGUGCUAUUGAGCUCUCUCUUGCUGAAGAUUCGAAAAAACCAAAAGGAUACAAAUGGAGGACUGAUCAAGAUGAAGAUCUAGCAAGAUCAUUUCAAGAUAAUUCGAAUUCAUCCUCAUAUCCUCCUUAUUAUGCUCCUUCAUAUGCUCCUUGGGAAUAUAAUCCAAGUAGUUACAGAAAAUGUAGUGGCUGCUAUAAGGAUAUCGUCUCUGGCAAUUAUUUGGGAUGCAUGGGAACUUUCUUUCAUCCAGAAUGUUUUCUUUGUCGUGCUUGUGGUGUCCCAAUUACUGAAUAUGAGUUUUCUCUGUCAGGGAACAAUACAUAUCAUAAGUCAUGCUUCAAGGCAAUAAAUUAUCCCAAAUGUGAAGUCUGCCAUCAAUUUAUCCCAACAAACGGAACUGGCUUGAUAGAGUACAGAUGCCACCCAUUUUGGUCUCAGAAAUAUUGCCCUGCACAUGAGAAUGAUGGCACCAAAAGGUGCUGUAGUUGUGAACGUCUCGAGUCACGGAAUGCAAGAUAUAUGUCCCUUGGAGAUGGUCGGAGCUUAUGCUUAGAAUGCAUGGAAUCUGCAGUCAUGGAUACUGGGGACUGCCAGACACUUUACCAUUCCAUCAGAGACUAUUACGAAGGCAUGAACAUGAAAAUCGAUCAAGAAGUUCCUAUGCUUCUUGUCGAAAGACAUGCCCUUAACGAGGCCAUUGAAGGAGAGAAACAUGGUCUCCAUCAUAUGCCCGAAACCAGAGGUCUAUGCCUAUCAGAAGAGCAGACAGUCACCAGUAUACUCAGAAGGCCAAGAAUAGGUGUUCGUGGACUAAUAGGAAUCAGAACACAUCCUCAGAAGCUAAUUAGAAGAUGUGAAGUUACAGCUAUCCUAGUAAUAUUUGGCCUCCCAAGAUUACUUACUGGUGCCAUUCUUGCUCAUGAACUGAUGCAUGCCUGGUUACGUCUAAAAGGAUACCGUAAUCUCAGCCCUGAGGUAGAAGAAGGAAUCUGCCAAGUGCUUUCCCACAUGUGGCUUGAAUCAGAGGUAAUGUCUGGAUCUAGCAAUAUGCCGUCCACAUCAACAGCUUCAUCCUCGUAUACAUGGUCAUCAUCCAAGAAAGGCGAAAAAUCUCAAGCAGAGAGUAAACUAGGCGAGUAUUUCAUGCACCAGAUUGUCCAUGAUGCUUCUCCUGCGUAUGGUGGAGGAUUUAGAGCUGUUUAUGCAGCUGUGAAUAAGUAUGGUUUACGAAGUACAUUGGAACACAUUCGCUUGACAGGAACUUUUCCUUUAUGAUGCGUUCAUUGUGACUUCUUUGGCCUCGUGUGUUCGUAGAGAUUUAAUUUCCUCUGCUGUUGUAUCGUGUUAGAGGUCAUUGAUGAGGAAAUGAGGUGAUCAUGCAGAGGUGGUUUAGCUACCCCUAUUUUUUUCGGGGUCCUACCAGGGAUACUGAUGGAAUACAACUCAAAUCCUACAAAUAAGACUACCUAUUUUGCAAUUAAACCGAAAUAUAGCAAUUCUGUCUUGUAUUGGAGACUAUCAUUUUAAAGGCAAUAAAGAUCAGAUAUUUGAAUGA